CAGGGGGUGGUAAAUAGCUGGAGAAUGCUUAAUAGCUUGUUUAUUCAUGUCUAAGGCAGUUUCUCCCACAGCACAAUUAUUUCCUUGUCACCAAUGUUCUCUUCCUGGAAGGUAUGUUUCAGAUUUGUUGCUUCGUAAUCACAGGGAAAUAACAGGUUAUGCAAAGUUUGUCUUGGAUGUGUUGCAAUUGUUUAUACUCAUAUGUCUGAGUUAAUAAUUAAUAGCUGUAUGAAUAAUAAACUGAAAGAACUGUGGAAAGGUUUUGCUCCCUCUUGCAAACACUUCUUUAGGAAAACCGUUCACCAAAGGCAGCAGAGCUUUCCUGUCAAUUAUUCCCAUUGUGUUCUGUUAAAAAACUGUCUUGAGAAAGGCACUGGCAGAGGACAGUCAGGGGAAGAGCAGCUGGAACCUGUGCUUUAUUCUGCUGUUUAAUUUACAAGUCAGGCUGGUGAUGCAGGGAGUACAAAGCACAACAAGCACGCCAUCACUCUGUGGCUCUGCAGUCUGCUGGCAGUGACACCAUGCUCUGUCCCAACCCGUGAGUGGGAGCUGAGACACCCAGCACCAGGCAUGUGGCAUCCUUUCUGAAGUAGUGGGAUCUGAACUGCACACAACAGUAGGUAAAGACAAGCGAUAAAAUCCACUGUGUAAAAGGAGAAGACACGUGGCAUUUUGGCACCAGUACCAAUGAAGCUAACAGCCUUCUCUACUUUCUGUUUUUGGCUGGCUCUCUUUUUGGCUGGCUUCCUUAGCAUAUGCAUUACUGACAGUUUUAUGGGAAGUCAGAAGAACCAUACACUAAUUUUCACCAAGGAAAGCAAUAUUCGCAACUGCAGUUGCUUGGCGGAUAUCCGUGACUGUGACUACAGCCUGGCAAACCUGCUGUGCAAUUGCAGAACCGUGCUGCCUUCUACCAUGGAAAAAACUGACUACAGUAGCGACCUGACAAUUUGGUUCACAGACACCUCUGUGCUGGAGAUGCUCCUCAACUUCACAAUGGUGUGGGAUUUGAAGCUCUCCUUCUGUGGCACUACUCCUCUACCAACAGAAUACUUGACCAUCUGGGGACUGAGAAAGCUCCGGGUGAAAAAUAAGGUCAAGGGACAAUUUCCAGAGCAGAGCGUAACCAUCUACAGUAGCAGCAAGAAUGAAAAAGAAGAUCUACUCACAAUGCACAACAAAGACAGGCAAAUGUUAGUGUACAUUUCUUUCCUGGAUACCUCUCUUUUCAAUGGAUAUUCUUUGCUGAAGUCAUACAGUGUGGAAAAUGUCUCUAGUAUCACAGAGCACUUUCACAACCUGCUGUACUCCAAUGUUUUCUCAAACUCAGAUAACAAAAGUUAUGUUGUAACAUUCAUUUACUGAGUUUUCUAGCACAGUCAGCCAAAGGCAUGGCAAACUGCUGAAAGAGACAUGGGACUCUGUUUGGUUUGGCCACAAGGAGCCAUUAUGGGAUGAAAAGUUUUGACUGUGUACUCUACAAGGAGGCGUUUGAAGUAAUACAGAUUCAUCUGACUAACUCAAUAAACGCUUCCUUAAAGAACAAAGAACACAUGAAACAAGGUAAAAGCAUCACUACAAAUCUUUUAUAUUGUAAGCUAAGAAUUGAACACACUCUCUGUUCCCUGACAAUCUUGGUCACUCUCCACUGGGCACACUCUGGUUGAUCAAUACUUUUCUUCCAAUGAGGGAGGCCAAAACUGCCAGUAGUACUCUGCACACGGGGAAUAAUCCCUUGCCUAUAUUUACUGGCCUCACCUCUGUGCUGUGAGGUUUGAGGCAUUUGAAACAGACUGCCCAGAUGUGUGUUCAAUACCCAUCCCUGGAGGUGUUCAAGGCCAGACUGGAUGGGGCCCUGGGCAGCCUGCUCUGGAAUUAAAUGCGGAUGUGGGUGGCCCUGCCUAUGGUAGGGGAGUUGGAGCUUGAUGAUCCUUGAGAUCCCUUCCAACCCAAGCCAUUCUGUGAUUCUAAGAUUCUAUGAUUCUAUGAUUUGAGGUGUUUACAAGUUACCAGAGAAAAACUGAGAGUGCUGGUUUUCUUUGCCCUCCACUGAGUUGUCAGGGCUGGGAUCCCCAUGCUCAGCCUGGGUGACAGAGCCUCUUAGGACAGCAAAGGCAGCUUUGCAGUCUGCUUCCCACCUCAGCAUAACCAAUGGUGCAUUUGCGAGAUGGCCAGCAAUCUGUGGAUUUUCAGUAUGUGAUGGAGGGUGCCCAGUUAUGUAGCAGGGUACUCUCGUUUUCCAUUCAUUGUGGGAAAAGGUGGGCAAGAGGUCACCCUGCAAAAUGCCAUGAUUAUAAAGGUGUGUUUUUUCCCAUAGAUGGCUCCUUUCUCCAAAUACAGCAAAGUUGAUUUCAUCUUUUGUGCUGAUGGUAAACUCUCCUCUCUAAGAAAAGGAGAAAAUAAGCCAUCCUGUGACUCAUCUGAUAAGUAAGGCAAAGCUUCAGGCAACAGGUAUUAGCUGCACUGUGGGAGAGAUUGCCAUUCCCUGAAAAACAUCACGACAGUGUCAAUAGCCAAGUCUACUCCUUGCCCAUGUCUGCAGGAUUCACAUUCUGUGAGAUGCAAUUAAGGCUGGAAUCAAUGUGUAUAGUAUAAUAAAGUCCAAACAGAAUUGCAAUGCCAGCAAAGGAUUACAUUUUUUGUUGUUGUUUUUUUUU